GAUGGAGUUGGAUGACUACAAAGCAGAGGGUGUGUCCGUCGAUGCUGGCCUAUCCUUCAACGACAACUCAGACAUCGUCACACUGAUUGAUUCCAAAGGUGGAAUUCUCUCCGUCCUGGACGAAGAAGUGUCCAUGCCAAAGGCAACUGACCAGACUUUCCUCAAUAAGGUCUUUAAGGCGCACGAGAAGCAUGCAAGGCUGAUCGUGCCCAAGAUCUCGGGCGGUGGCAAGUUUGGGAUCAGGCACUUUGCAGGAGAUGUGCGCCCGCAGUCCUUCCUGCAGGAACAUGCUGGCUACGGCUACGGCAUGGAGAACUUUGAAGCUUUUGUAGAGCGAGAGCUUGGCAGACGCCUGAAGGGAGAUGUGUAUCUCGACUAUGCGGCUGCUGGCCUGUAUACCAACACGCAAAUCGAUGCUCAUGCUGAAGAUUUGAAGGAACAGUUGUAUGGCAAUCCCCAUUCUUUGAGUUCUUCCGCCCAGCGGAGUUCGGAGUCCGUGGAAGCGGCCCGGGGGGCCGUGCUGCGAUUUCUAGGCGCGUCAUCCUCGGAGUAUGAAGUGGUAUUUACGCGAUCUUGUACAGACUCUUUGCACCUUAUCGCCGAGAUGUUCCCUUGGGUGGCGAAUCGCUCGGAGUACAGAUAUUUGCUGCAGAAUCACAACUCCGUGCUGGGGAUCCGAGACGUUGCGCGGGACGCCUCCGUUCCUGCCGCAGUGAUCUCGCAGGAGUUGGUGGAUGACUGGCUAGACAGGCUGGCAGAAGAAAAUGACACUGACUCAGAUGGACCACUCUCUUUGUUCGCGUACCCUGCAGAAGAGAACUUCGCGGGUCAGAUCUUCCCCCUGAGAUGGGCUCAAAAAGUGGCCAGUCGUCGAGGAAAACUGAAGCAUUGGCGGGUCCUGAUGGAUGCAGCCAAGUUUACGGCCAGUCAUCCUUUGAAUCUCACUGAGGCUCAGCCAGACUUUGUGACGUUGUCUUUUUACAAACUCUUCGGAUAUCCCACAGGUGUGGGUGCCCUGGUUCUGCGAUCCGAGACAGCAGCUGAGCUCAAGAAGCACUACUGGGGAGGAGGAACUGUUUCCAUCGCAGGGGCCGGGCGCACUGCCAGCGAUGAUGUGAAAGUCUUCAAGGGCCGCAUCGCAGAAAAGUUCGAGGACGGCACCGUGGCCUUCCUGGGCAUCGCCUCUUUAAGGCACGGCUUCCGUGCCCUGGAGCUGGUGGGUGGCAUGGCGGCCAUCGAGCGCCACACCAGCGCCCUGGCCUCAGAGAUGCACAGAGAGCUGCUAGACCUACGCCAUUCCAAUGGAAGCCCGGUUAUUGCCAUGUACAGCCGAGACCGGGGAGUAGAAGAUGGAAAGCUGGUGCAAGGUCCUGUGGUCACUUUCAACAUCCUUUCAGCUGAAGGCAUCUUAAUCAGCCACAUUGAUGUCAUGGCAGAUGCUGCCAAGGCUGGGAUCCACCUGAGAGCUGGGAUGCACUGCAACCCUGGAGCGGCCAGUAGCAAGUUGGGCUUACCGCCUGAAGCCAUCGCCCAGUUGGCCCAGGACCCUUCCACGCAGGGCUGUGGCUUUGGACCUGCAUUCGUGAAGUGCUCUGCAAGUGCAGUACAUCAAAUCCUGGAUGGCAGCUGCGGCCAACUCCAUACAGGCAAGUUACCAGAGACUCCGAGCUUUGGUGCUGAGCAGCUUUUGGACAUGCCUUUGGGCAGUGUUCGAGUCAGCUUGGGGUACUUGAGCACCUAUGAGGAUGUAGAGCGCUUGGUGAAUUUCAUUGUCACUUAUUCGUCCGAAGGCUUCCUUGAAAAGAACGUAGACAAGCCACCAGAUGAGGCUGCGGACUUGCUGAAGGCAUCGAGUCUGACGAUCCUCCAACAGAUUGGCACAACCAUCGCGGAGGAACUGGCCGAAGCGACCGGUGGAGCUGGCAAAAAGAAGGCGAAGACCGUGAGUUCCGGCUUCCGGAGCUCUUUGGCUUCAUUGGUGCAGAAGCUCAACGAGGCAGAUCCUCAUUUUAUCCGCUGUGUGAAGCCCAAUCCAGAGAAGGUGCCGGACAAGUUUGCAGCGACCCUGGUGAUGGAACAACUCACCUGUAGUGGAGUCUUUGAGGCGGUGCGCAUCCGUCAAAGCGGCUUCGCAGCGCGGAUUCCGUUCGGAGACUUCCCGGGGCGCUACAAAAUCGUGGUUCCCAAGGCCAAGCAUAAGGCCAUCUUCGGCGCAAGCUCAGAGGUGGAUCGAGCAAAAGCUUUUGCCGAGGCACUUCCCGAAGCACUGCAGCCCUUGGGCGGUAUCGCAACUGGCGAUCUGGUGCUUGGGAAGAGCAAGGUCUUCGCCAAGCAACCCGUGAUGAUCCGCUUGGACAAAGCUCGAGAUAUGGCUGUCUCGACGUACGCCAUCGAUAUCCAACGAGUCUGGCGCGGUGGCAGGACGAGGAAAAUGAUGGCAACAUGCAAAGUGGUUUUCGACCAACUGAAAUCGUGGUGCGCGGCCAAUGACUUCUACAAAGCCCCUGGCAGUACCGCGGUGAAGAAGCUGAAGACUCCGGAUGCCAUCCUGUCCGAGGCUGCAAAAGUUGACGACAUCUUCCGGAAGGCUGAAGGCCUGCCUCUGCCUGUGCCACGGCGCAAGGAAGUUGAGAAGGUGAAGGAAAGAAUGCAGAAGGAAGCCAAAGAGAUCAAGCAUAUCAAGGGUAUCAGCAGCAGCAUCAACCCUGUCGAGAUCGAGGAGGCUUUUGCUCGCGCGAAAGACCUGGAAAUUAUGGACCUCCCGGAGGUGACUGGCCUGCAGUCUCGCCUCAAGAAAUUGGCCAAGCAGGUUCCAUUGGUUAAGGCCAUUCAGACGGCGCUCGAAGAGGAGGACUUGGAGAAGCUCCAAGAAGUCAUGGAUGCGGUGAAAGCUCAGGAGUUGCACCACAAUCCAGAGGACUGGAUCCGAGAGUUGAAUGGCGAGGAGCUAGCUGGCCGUGUCUAUGACAACCUGGAGAAACUGAAGUCCAAAAAGAAGCAGAAUGAGAUCCGUGCCAAGCAAAAAGAAGAGGCGAGCAAACAGGUCUUUGACCAGCAAAAAGCCAACAAGCAAGAGGCGACCUUUGAGGUGGAUGAGGAGGCAGAGAAGAAGAAGAAGGCCAAAGAAAUGGCAGCUGCGCGGAAGUCGCGUGCAACCAUCACUGGCUUUAGUGAAGAUGACCAAAACAAGGCGUUGAUGGCAUUGAUGGCUGCGUGCCAUCAGUACGACUUCGAGGAAUUGCAGAAAGGCCUGGGAAUCGCGGCAACGAACCAGUUCGAGCCCUCUGAGACUUUGGACAAAGCCAAGGAAUUGCUUGAGAAGAUGUCCACCCAGGCUAGUCUCUUGGCGAUGCUCACGGACUUGAAGGAGGAGUUGAAGCGAGACAACAACUCUGAGGUCCUGAAGCGUCUCCAGAAUGUGCUCCACCGUGCCAAGGAGUUGGACAUGGACAAAACGGAGGAGUAUGUUUCUGCCAAAGAUUCCAUGCAGCAGUCCGUGAGGCAUCGAGCACGGAAGACCAUCAAGGGCAACGUUUUCGUGGAAAUGGCCAAUAUGGAGGACAUGGAACUGGUGGACGCCGCCUUUAGCACUCUGAAGGACUUUGAAGGACUCAAGAGCCCUGAGAUUUGGAAAGGGCAUAAGAAGGCUACAAUGCUGGGCCCGGCAGAGAACAGCGUUCCCGGCAUGGUGGCAACGAGCGAUGGUCUCUUCCAGCGAGGUCCGAAUCGCGAUUCAAAGCUUCCACAGCAUUUUGGAUGUGGUUGGAUGGGUGACCGACCCUUGCCAGAAUGUCAACGCCUGGGUUUCCGCGAGGACAUCGUGACCAUGGCCAAGACAAGCCCCAGCUUGGCAGAUGAAGUCUAUGUGCAGGUGAUGAAGCAGCUGACAGAGAACCCUUCGGAGCGCUCAGUCGUGCUGGGCUGGAAGGUCAUGUUGCGGCUGUGCCAACAGGUCCGGCCGAGUGCGAAGCUGGAUGAGUUCGUAAGGACCUUUGUGAUGCAAAGCACCAAGAGCCCCAAUCCAGAGGUGGAACAUAUGGCGAGGCAGUGCGUGGCCGACCUCAAUAUCAACUCAGCGCCUGAGGAGCUCCUGGCAGCGGAAGGCGACCUGAUUCCAGUCACCGUGGUCCUCAUCGAUCACAGCGUCCGAAAGGUGGUUUUCCAGCACCCAAACAUAGAUCCGCGACAUGCGGGCAUGGCUGCUGUGGAGACUUCCUUACCCUGCAACGGUCACAGCACUUGUGGAUUUCCAGGAACUGGAGACGAUUCUGGAGAGCCGAAAGCCAAGAGGGGGAGAUUCACCAACGCAGAAGGCUCAGGCAAGAUGUCAAGUGAUCUGCUUGAACCUGAGAAGAGGCCGGUUCUGCCGCUGAUACGAAGGCUUCUCAGUGAAGUGAAUCGUCGUAUCUUACAAACACCAGAGGAGUUGUUGAGCUAUGAGGAGCUCCGGGACUUUGCAGAGGCAACGAUACCAUCUGCAGAGGACUCGAGCAAAAUCGUGCAACUGCGGCAGCAGCUUUGCACAGCUCUCCACCAGUACUUCAGGAAGCGAUGGCCCAUCACCAAGGUUGAUUGGUCGGCCGAGGAGAUGGCGCGCGGCUGCGAUCGACCCACGGGAAAUCGGAGCUUCCCACCCUUCCAGAUCGAUCUCAGCGCUGCUGGUGUGCCGUACAUCAAUGCAGCCACGGUACCCGGCCGCGUCGAGGAGGUUUCUUACAUUGUGACGCAGCACCCCCUGCCCAGCACGGUGCUGCAUUUCUGGCAAAUGGUCUUGGAGCUGCAGCCCACAGCCAUCGUGAUGCUGAACGGUCACAUCCAUGUGGACGAGUCGCAGGACGGUUUUGCAUUGGCUCCCUACUGGGAGCCUUCCGCUGUCGUCGCCCCACUGGAGCUGCGAGUGGAGGAAAUGCGAGAAGAUGCAGCUUCCGAAUGCAACGUGCGAAUGCUGAUGUGCCAGCGCACCGAAGCAAAACGCUGGCGUGGCCCGCAGAUCGUGGUUCCUUGGUGGCGUGAUCAAAGUGAACCGCCCCUGGAAGGCUUUCUGCAGUUGGACAGACUGCUCGACAGUUUUCUGACUCCGGGGGAAGUUCAUUCAGUGCUUGUGCAUUGCGCUGGCGGCAUUGGUCGAGCAGGUGUGUUCAUUGCUGCAGAUGCUGGUGCCAGAGCAGCCUGUCAGGGGAAGGUUGACUGCAGCCCGGAUAGGCUGAUAGGCCAUCUGAGAAGAUGCCGGAUGAACAUGGUUCAAACUGCUGAGCAGUAUGAAUUUCUUCACAGGGCCUUGCCUGUUCUAACUGAGCAGCUGCGAGAUCGUGAAGGAUUGGCGUACAUGUUGCUGAUUUUCUCUCACUUUGAAGGCAGGCUGGGGGAGCAGCUCCGCAUUGGCAACGUGGAGGACUUUGCCUUCUUCCAGAUGACCGAUGGCCUACAAACACACAGGCUUUUGCCUGAUGGCACCCAACUUGCUAUGCUGGAAGAAAAGUGGGCCAAGCUCAAAGCAGCCACGCAACGAGCCUCUCAUCUCCUGUUCAAGCGUCGCUUCAUCAGCUUUGACGAGACCUUGAAUCCGGGAGAUCUGACGCACGCGACUUUGACCUAUCGCCAGGUGGUUUGGGACUACUUGAACUAUCCGGUCGCAGAGGCAGAAGACACGGUGAAGCACAUCGCCGCUGCCAUUCUACACCUGGAGUAUGAACACUUCAGACUGUACAUAGAAGCGCGUCGCUUGGAGGAUCCAGCGAUCCUCCAACAAUUGGUGCCGCAGGUGUCCUUGAGAAACCGACAGUACCGCAUGUGGAGCAGCAAGAUUCUGGACGCUCUGGAUGAGAUCCGCUCGAAGCGUGAGUCCUUAGAGGCCUCGAGGCUCAUGAAAAUGAGUGCAGUCCUUGAGAAGGCCAACAAAAUGCAGCUCUUUGGUGCUCACUUCUGGCUGGGCCGUCAGGUGGAGGGUGUUCCAGCGCAAGAUGCGCCAAUACCAGAGGCUCCGAGCAAAAACUGCCCCAUCAAUCGGAAGGCGAAGAAGCCUGGUGAGUACUGGAUUUGUGUGGAUCUCUUUGGUGUGCGCUUCGUGACAGCAGAUAGCCAGCCUGGGCAGAGCUUUUCCCGCGGCUUUCUCUUCAAUGAGGAAACCUUGGAAAGAGCCCAGCAGCUCAGGUUCAAAAAGAUUGCCAAAUUGAAAGGGAUUCCAGAAGAGGACGUGAGGAGAGAUCUUUACCGUAAGAAGGUCAUUCAGGAUACCAACUUUGAGCUGUUGAAGCCAUUCCUGGAGAAGUUUGCAGUACAAUUUCCUACAGGAAAAGAAGCCCAGGCUUGCUGA